ACACUGAAACUAAUAUAUAAUCUAAUAUAAUAUAUUUAAUAUAAUACUAUUAAAUGUAGAUUUUUAUAAUAUAAUGAAUUUUAAGUCUUACUACAUUCCAGUAUAAUUAAUAUAUGAAUUACAUCAUUAGCUAAAACAGCUCACUGACUUGAAGUUUAUAAUCCAAAAUAAGUCUAACAUUAUGCUCAACAUAAUUUUUACAAUAGUAAAAAUCGGUAACAAAAUUUAAUGAAAUGUAACGGAAACAAAUUUCAAUCAGGUACAUUAAAAAACACAUAAAUAACAUUUAAUAUUAUCAAAAAUGCACUAAAAGUACACUAAUUUUAUGCACAAGAUUUUCACUUAUUGAUACAUUAAAUUUCAUAACAUUUUUAACAGUAUAGAUCAUAAUACCUUACGCAUAGUGAUCUUUCUAAUUCGUCUUGAUUAGCACACAUUAUUUCUGUACGUACUCUGCAAGAGAAGUACUGCAAUACUUCGCAUCUCGAAUAGAAAUGAAGAGACGUCGGAAAGCGACAUUAUAACUGCGCAUGCGUCGGUUGAACAUAAAAAAAAUAUCAAAUAGAGGUACGUAAAGAAGAAAGAUAAUUGCUUUAUUACGCAAGUAAUAACGUAAGAAAUAACCUGCAGGUUAUAGACGGAAUUAAAUGUGCAUCAAAAUAUAUUUGAAAUGAUUGUAGUAAGCUACAGGUAAUCUUUUGUAAUUUUUCGCAUAAGUUUAACAUUUUAUUUAAAUACAUAAAAGUAACAAAUUAUAACUAUAAUCAAGCACGCUGAACUUAAAAAGUAUUCAUGAAAAGAAAUGCAGCACAAAUGCAAUAUGACAUUUACAUCGAAAUGGCAAAAUUGUCAGAUGAACAGUUACUAUACAAUCAAUCGAAUUUUGUUACUAUGUAUCGGUUUAUGGCCGUUUCAAAAAUCUAUUUCCAAACAUGUUAUGAUAACAAUUGUAACUAUAAUACUUAUAUUGGGCUUAGUGUUACAGCUAAUGACAUUUGUCACUACAGAGUACAAUAUAGAUAUUCUUCUACGUGUACUCACGUACACUAUCCCAUGGCUAGCCGAUACGUUAAAAUAUAAUGCUCUCUGCCUAAACAUAAAAGGGUUGAAAAGCCUUUUGGAACGAAUGCUUUGUGAUUGGAAUGAAUUAACCAACAUGCAAGAAAUUGAAAUAAUAAAAAAAUACGCGGAUAUUGCAAGAUUUAUUACAUUGCUAACGACAUUGUUCGUCUAUGGAAGUAUUUUUGUUUUCAUUUUGAUACAGUUGCUACCACAUAUUUUUCUGACCAUUACAUCUAAUAAAAAUGACACCAAUUUACGACAACUUCCGGUCCUUAUAGAAUGUUUUCUGGAUCAGCAGAAAUAUUAUUUUUUACUUUUACUGCUUUUAUCUUUUGAAGCAAUAUGUUGUUUUACUACGAUAAUAGCUACAGAAACACUUAUUAUGGCAUAUGCACAUCAUGCAUGUGGCUUAUUUGAAAUAGCCAGUUGUCGCAUAGAACAAGCUUUUCUUGAAAAUAAGGUAAAAGGUAUUACAUCUGUAACGCAAAGAAAUUCGAUAAUAUGUCAAGGAAUAAUCAACGGAUUUGAAAUGUAUAAAAGAGGAGUCGAGUUUAUCGAUAUGGUACAAAAAAGUUAUAAAUGGGCAUAUUCAUUAUUAAUGCCAUUAGGGGUGCUAUCGCUGAGCAUUAAUCUUUUUAACUUUUCUCGAUUAAUAAACUCCAGAAACUAUAUCGAGCUGAUUAUUAGUUUUAUACAUAUUGUUGGCAUUUUUGGAUAUAUGUUCUUUUUCAACUAUUUAGGACAACAAAUAAUCGAUCAUAGCAGCAAUGUUUUCCACAGAUUAUACAACGUGAAAUGGUACGUAGCUCCGUUGAAAGCGCAAAAAUUAUUGCUGCUUGUAAUGCAAAGAAGCAUACGACAUUGUACAAUCAUCAUGGACGGCUUGUUUAUUACGUCAUUCGAAGGAUUUGCCACGCUUGGAAACACGUCAUUUUCAUACUUUGCGCUGAUUUUUUCCCUUUUUUGAUUAUUUGCAUAAAAAUUGAAAUUUAGAAAGUUGCCACGAUGAAAAUAGUUCUAGCAUACCUACACAACCAUAGAAAAAUAUAGUGAACAUUUUGGUUGUGGAACGUUGCAAAUAGAAGACAAAUAAUACUAGCAGAAUGCCAAAACUAGGGCCUACCAUUGCAUCUCUUAUAGAAUCUCCAAUGUGAACCAAAUCUGAAGAAUAUAUUACGUAAUAAAUCAGUAACAACAAAACAGAACUAAUAAUAUGUAACAAUGUGACAAUUUGGCCAAUCCUAAACAGAUCUAUUUAUCGCAACAACGCUUAGAUUGGUACCAAAUGUAAAUUAGAUGUGUUAUCAGUAGAAAUGGGGAUAGAUUAGUAUCAAAACAAAUCUGUUUCCAGAAGAAAUAACAGAAAAAUGUCAAAUUCUUGUAUUAAUGUGGAAUUAAAAAUUUUACUGUCAAAAA